AUGGUAGAUAAUAAAUCACCCAUAAAUCAGGCGGUAUCAAAGGUAGCCGGGAAAGGCGUACCCACAAUGGCUGCCAGACCAAGGCGAUUUAGUUUAAUAUACAGUUCAGAUUCAUCACUAAGUGAUGUUAGUGAUGAUGACAAGAAUUUCAAUAAUCAGAAUAAAGGGAAAAAAUCUUCAAAUAACUCAUAUGGUAAACAAAGUAAACUGAUACAAGGUAGACCCCAAAUUAGUAAACCUACAGAUAAUGAACUAGGGGACGAAAGUACAGAAUCAUCUGACUAUGGAGUAAUUGACGACGAUGACAACGAUUCUAGUGAUGAUGACGACGAUGACGACGAUGAUAGUGAUAGUGAAAUAAGUAGUUCAGACGAUGAAAACAUUGAUUUCGUAAAAUUGUCAGCUCAACGGAAGAAGAAAGUCAUGCAAGCCUUUACGAAGUUAAAAAGAGGCAAAACGGCAGCAGAUGUUAUAAAUGAGAAAGAGAAGAAAGAUCAAAUGAAGAGUGCUAAGAUUGAAGAUAAGAAUUCGUCUGUGUCUUCUAAGCCACAAUUAAACGAAACCAACAAAAAUAAGUCAACAAGUCUCAACAAAAUGGGAUCGCCGAAAACUGGUAGCGAAGAGGAUAUAGGUGAAGAAAUUUCAGAUUUAAAGGACACUAAUAAUGACGCCAGUAUAAUAUCAAAUAUAGAGGAUACUGUUGACCCAUUACAUGCACCCGUCUUUUCGGAAUCAGAAGAAUCUGAUUAUAAUAUUGAUCAGGACACAUAUUUUACAGCUAUUAAUAAUGACGAAGAUUCUAUUGGAGAAAUUGAUACAGGUUUGGAGACAGGAGAAGAUGACGUACCUAUAUUGGAGGCUGAGGAACAAAACAUAGUGAAGGAACUCCAAGAGGAUGAUAAUCUGUCGUUUAAUGGCAGUGUACAUGAGGAUGGACCUGAUCCAGUAGACUCAUUGGGCCCUCAACUUAUAACGAAUAAAUAUAUGGAUGAUGAGGACGACUACGAUGAAGACGAUGAUGAAAUAAUGUCUGAUUUCGAUAUGCCCUUUUAUGAAGAUCCUAAAUUCUCCAAUUUAUAUUACUAUGAGGAUGGUAGAGAACCAAAAUUAAGUCUAAGUACAUCAUUACCUCUUAUAUUGAAUGAAGAAAAGAAAAACAGGUUGCAAAAGAGAGAAGCUAAGAAAAGAGAACGUCAGGAACGUAUCCAAACAAGAAAACAAUUACGUAAAAAUGCUAUGACUAACAGAAGUCUGAAUAUCGACGGAGAUGAAUACAGCUUUGGCGCAUUCUUCCAUAGCGAUCAUGAAGAAGAAGAAGAAGAAAUCGAUAAGAAGGUUGCUGAAUCGAAAGAUAAAUCAUUGAUAGAGAAGUCUCAACAGAACAAGGAAAAAAGAAGUACUCUAUUUGGUCAUUCAGAGUAUAACAGUUCUGAUUCUGAUUUUGAUAAUAUUUUACUAGAAAAUGCCCACAUGCCAUCCGAUAAUGAAUCUCAGAAAAGUAGUGGGUUAAAACCUGGUGCAUCAGUUAGUGAAAAAAUCGAGAAUAUACUGGACUUAGAAUCGGAUAUUGAUAUAGAUGACCUUGAUGAUGAAGGAAGUAUGACUAACGUAUUCAUAGAUAUCGAUGAUCUUGAUCCUGAUUCUUUCUACUUCCAUUACAGCGAUGACGAUUCUUCCUACACACAUUCGAGUUCGGAAACUACAGAAAGUAAAAACAAAGAUAGUGUUGUUGAAACCGUGAUUUAUGUCGAUGACGAAUCUACAGAUGAGGAUGACAAUAUUCCACCGCCUGAGCAAAGGAAGAAAAAUAUCGGUACAAAUGCUAAGGAGAUCGUUAGCUCAAAUACUGUCGGUCUUCGUCCACCUAAACUUGGUACUUGGGAAACUGAUAAUAAGCCAUUUAGCAUUAUAGACGGUCUUUCUACCAAAUCAUUAUACACUUUAAUUCAAGAUCACCAGCAAUUACAUGACCAACAAGCCCAAAAGAAUAUUGUAGGAACUUUAAAGGACGGAACUGUUAUUCCCAAUAAUGAAAAUGCAUCUCCGGCUGAAGAAGAAAUUACAUUGAAUGAAUUAUUGAAUAUGAGUGAUAUGGACGAAGGAAGUGAUGACAAUAAUAACUACAAUAACAAUGAAACAGUAAUAACAUCUGAUUGGUACAACAAACCGAAGGUUCCCUUAUCUGCAUUCAGAAAUAAAGGAGUCGACAUGUAUGACGAGGACGAAUAUAUGCUACCAAGCUUGAGUAGAAGAAAAGUUCCUAUCGGUUAUGUCGGUGGUGAAAGAACUAGAAAGAAAAUUGAUAAGAUGAAAGAACUCCAAAGAAAGAGGACAGAAAAGAAAAGAAUGCUGAAGAGAAAGAGAAAGAUUUUAAAGAUUCAACGUGAAAAAGCUCGUGUUGAAAAGGAGAAAUCUAUACUCGACAGUCAUCCACAUGAUUCUACCACUUCUUUAGAACAAUCGAUGGGCGACGACAAACUUCAGCUGAUAGAUAAUUUACAACUACCGGAUCACGAAUUUACAGAGACACCUUCCAGAAAGAAUUCGGUGAAAAGUGUUGGUAUCGACGAAAUCCAUGAGAUUCUUGGUAAAGAUGACAGUAACCUAUUGGAUGAUACACACGAUCCACUAGGAUAUGUCAAUGGCCUAGAUCAUACGGAUAUUUUGAUGCCAGAUUCUGACGCGAAUAUCAUAGCCUCUCUAACAGCACCGGUCGACUUUGAUGAUUAUGACAAUGGCUCUACUUCGUUAUGGAAGCAACGUAGACAAAGUAUGGCUGAGGCAGCAGCUGAGAAUCUUCGGUUUACCAAGAAUGGGUUAUUCAGUGAAUCUGCCUUGGCUGACAUUGAAGGAAUUUUGAACAAUGGUAAUCCGUCGAGUGCAUUCGAAUUUAAUGAAGUCCUUCAAUAA